AUUCUAAUUUUGCACAUAAUUAUAAACAAGUGUGUAAACAAAUAUCUGUGUACCCAAUGAACUGGCAUCACAUUCAGGUGGUUAAUUAAUGAACAUGAGCUUUGAAAACACUUUACAACAGUCAUCUUAUACAGGUUCCAUGUUAAUAAUCUACCCACAAGACUUUAAUGACCAAGGGCCCAUGAUUUAUCUAAGGUCAAUAACCGCAUUCGACAUAAACCCUAAUUGGGCAAUUUUAAACACUCCCCCCCCAUAUUUCACCAUGUUCAAUGUUCCAGGUAGCCUUGUGACUAUUUCAUUUGACACAAUGAUGAGGAUCAGAUCUUGUACCUGCUUAGUUGUUUUAUUUCUGAACUUGUUUGUAACAUCUCACAGUGGCAAUGUACUGGUGCUUCCUGGUGAAUAUAGUCACUGGCACAACAUCCGCACAAUUGUGGAGGAGCUCCUGGACCGGAAUCACAGCGUGACCGUUCUCACACACUCCGCCUCACCUACGCUGCAGCAUGGCCAAAACGAGCGCUUCAAAUUCAUGUCUUUUAAAAUCAACAUGGAGCAACAGGAGGCGGACGACGUGUGGCAAAAGUUCAUCAGUGCAUGGAUGGAAGAAAGCACUACCAUCUUUAAAAAACUGACGCUGAUUCAGGACAUGAUGUCUGGGAUGAUUCAUUACAUGCAGGUUAUUUGCAAUGGGAUGUUUGGUAACAGAAAUCUUGUGAAUUUACUGAAGGAGAUGCAUUUCGAUGUACUUCUAUAUGACCCCAUGAUGCCGUGCGCUGGCGUGAUGGCGGACGUUCUUGAGCUGCCCAGUGUGAUGUCCCUCAGGGUCAGUUUUGCCCAUAAUAUGGAGCGGUUCUGUGGGCAGAUGCCCGCUCCACCAUCUUAUGUACCUGCAGCUGCCGCUCAGGGGCAUCUCACUGAUCGUAUGAACUUCUUUGGACGAUUAGAGAACAUGCUACUAUACAUAGUACACACAGCAAUAAUCAAACUUCACAGACCAUUAUCCUUUGAUGAGCAUUUCCUUAAAAUAAAUGGCAAACCCAUAACACUGUGCGAAAAUAUUGGCAAAGCUGACAUCUGGUUAAUCCGCACAUAUUGGGAUUUUGAAUAUCCACGGCCUUUCCUUCCAAACUUUAAAUUCGUAGGUGGAUUACACUGCAAGCCUGCAAAACCUCUACCAAAAGACAUGGAGGACUUUGUCCAGAGCUCAGGAGAUGAUGGUGUUGUCGUGUUUUCACUGGGUACCAUGAUUAAAAACCUCACCAAGGAAAGAGUGAACACCAUCGCUUCAGCACUUGGACAGAUCCCCCAAAAGGUCUUGUGGCGAUACAAAGGCGGAAAACCAGAAACUCUUGCUCCUAAUACAAGACUCUAUGACUGGAUUCCUCAAAAUGAUUUAUUAGGACAUCCUAAAACCAAGGCCUUCAUCACCCAUGGUGGGACUAAUGGAAUAUAUGAAGCUAUUUAUCAUGGAGUUCCCAUGGUGGGAAUACCGCUAUUUGCUGAUCAGCCUGAUAAUUUGAAUCAUAUGAAAAGCAGAGGAGCUGCAGUUAUGCUGGACUUAAACAAAAUGGAGAGCAAGGAUUUAAAGCAAGCUCUCGAUGAUAUCAUCAACAAUCCAUCCUACAAGAAGAGCAUAAUGAGACUCUCCCGAAUCCACCACGACCAACCAAUAAAGCCACUAGACCAGGCGGUGUUCUGGAUUGAGUUUGUGAUGCGCAAUAAGGGGGCCAAGCACCUAAGGGUUGCAGCUCAUGAACUCACAUGGUAUCAGUACCACUGCUUGGACGUGAUAGCCUUUCUGCUUUCUGUAAUUGCACUGGUUGUGUUUAUCUUUGUAAAAACAUGCAGCUGGCUCUUUCGUAAAUGUUUCCAGAAGACCCCAGCAAGAAAGAGCAAGAAAGAGUGAAGCAUGUGUAUGUGAAUAUAGUAAUCAUUACUGUGAUUUUUGACAUAAAUAUAUGGAUAAAAGAUAAUACAUGUCCUACAUGUCCAGUAUUACUUUAAAAUGAUUCCAGUAAUUAAUGAUAACAAAACACUUAGUGUUUCUUUAUUAUACAUUACACAAAUAAAAAUAAAAACAUUUCUGUGCUUAAAUGUGAAAAUAAAAAAUUACCUAUUUUCU